AUGAGUACAGAUAACAAUAAUAAUAAUCAUAGUAGUUUUGCACAAAAGAGACUUCCUGAAUCAUAUGGAAGUGGUCGUUCAAAAAAGAGGUUUAGACUAUUUGGUAAUCUUGAAGAUCUCGAUAUCGAAACAGUUAAAACAAUGCAAUCUACUCAAGCUAUCUUGAAUUACAAAGAUAGGAAUUCGCUUUCAAAUCUGAUCAAAAUCUAUGACCAAUAUUUUAAAUGUGAUCAACACUCCACUGAAAGUAGAAUCACCUGUGUCAAAUUCUUUGUACAGUAUCACACGGCCUACAAGUUUGCUCACUAUUUCGAUGUCAAAGGCUAUGCCAAGUUCAUCGCUGAGGUAUUCUUUGAACAAACCACUGAGGUAUUCAAAGAAAUAGUUAAUUUGGUACCUGUUACGCGAACAUCAGUUAUCAAAGAUAUCUAUCAAAGAGUUGUUAAUGACAUUAGACUCAAUGUAUGGUUUAGGAAAUGGAAUGAAUCUGAUGUUAGCGGAUUGAAAGAAAGGAUUGCAAAUUUCAGCUAUUGCCUUGAAUACGAUCGUUUUGAACCAAUUGGAAUAUUUACCUACGAUUAUCUUUAUGAUAUCAUUUACAAUGGCAAUGUUUUGGCGAAACAAAUGCUCAUAGUAGAGAAAAGGUCUUAUAGAGGUGAAGAUAAUGAUGAUGAUGACGAUGAAAUAUCGAUUCAAAAAGAAGAUGUGGAAGAAUCGUUAACCAACAAUAUUAAACUUUCAGAGUUACUAUUGGAAAAGAUAAUUUCAUUUUCACUACUAUAUGAUAAGAAUCGCGAUUUCCAUAACAAACGUCGCAGAUUCAGAUUUUAUAGAAAUCAUUUCCCAUAUUUCGUUGAUAAAGAUCAAAUUAUCACUGUUGCAAAGGUGUCAAAACAGUUCUUUAAAAUAAUUUCAAAGAUGAUCGUCAACAAGCAUUUCAAUUGGCGUGGUGACCUCGAACUCAACAAUAACAAUAACUAUCGAUACAAUUUAGUUAGAUCUCCACCAUUGUAUUUCGAUUACGAAUCAAUCAAAUACAUUCCAUAUGAUAAAGGUAUCGAAUAUGCUAAUCACAUGAUGUCAAGAGUGGAAGUUUUCACAAUUGAAUCCGAUGAAUCCGACCAUUCUGCGCUCGACAGUACAUCUAGAUCCCUUCAAGACUUUCGAUAUGAAGAUUAUGAAGAAGAGGAAUUGGAUCGCGCCUAUCGAAAAGCAAUAAUAAGGAAUGGAUACUUGGUGUAUCCACCCGCAAUGCCAAAUCUAAAAGAUAUCAUUGUGUUUCGGUACUUUGGAUAUGAGGACUGCUAUAGUAGACUGCUUUCUCAUAUCAUUAUGAGUACACCGAAUGGUGAUGGACAUGGUAUUGAAAGACUAGCGAUUGAUAUAGUCAAAGAUGUUGAGGGCACUCUAUCAGCAAAUAUCGAAUUCCUCCGACCACUUUUAAUGAUUCAUUCAAAGACUUUGAAAUCAAUUAAAUUGUCAUAUAGAGACGACUUUCAACGAGAAGAAUAUGAUCAGUUAGAAUGGACAUCAUACAUCCUAACAUUAUUUGUCCAAUCUAUUCAUUGCCUAUUCGAUCAAAGAAAAAAAACAAUAAGGAAAGGAUCGUAUGAAGCCGGAUUCGAUGUUACAUUCGUUGGUAAACCUAUUGUAUCACUAUUUAUACAACAACAAAAUGAAAUUCUUAAAUCUGUUCACAACAUUUCCAAGCCCUCGGGAUAUAAAUUAAGAAAAGCUGCAUCCUAUUCCAUAGACGAUGAAGAUGACGAAAAGAGAGUAUGCACUUUUGGCAUGGGAAGUGUUCUAUUUGGUUGUUUCGAUAGCUAUGCAAACCACAAUGUAUCACGAUAA